AUGAAGAAGCCUUUAGGCUCCCUACCAUUUUUUUAUAUGAGUGGAGUCCCACCUGCGACCCCUCCCCCGGUUGUCGGCACUGGGACUUCCCAAGCGGUCCCCCACCUUAGUACUAACCCAGCCUUAAGGCGCUUAACUUCGGAGUUCGAAUGGGAUCCGGUGUUUUCAACUUAGUAUGGCCGACAACAAUACUAAUAGCAAAUAAUAACUAUUAAUAUUUCAUUAUUUAUUUUUCAAAUGAAAUUAUUUAUUAAAAUUAAUAGAUUUUUUUUAAAUUUAAAUUUUAAAGUAGAUUUAAUUAGUUAUAUAAAAAAAUUUAUCAACACUAAGACUUCCCAAGCGGUCCCCCACCUUAGUACUAACCCAGCCUUAAGGCGCUUAACUUCGGAGUUAGAAUGGGAUCUGGUGUUUUCGAAAACCUUAGUAUGA